UUCUCUUAACCCCUUUUAUUUUGAAAUCAACGACCCGGAAACCUUCUCACGCCACCUUCUUCUUUCCUCUUCUCUGGUGUCCCCACUGUGCUGGGCACUUUUCAUCAUGGCGCAGGCAGUUCAGAAACUCGUUGCAAAAGUACCCACUUUAGUCGGUGCCGCUGUCACAUACUCCAAACCCCGACUAGCGACCUUCUGGCACUAUGCCCGGGUGGAGCUCGUCCCACCGUCCCCUGCUGAGAUCCCCAAAGCCAUAGAGGCCGCUUCGGGCCUCAUCAAGAGCUUCCAGUCAGGACGCCUGGGUCAAACCACAGUUAAGGAGGCCUUAAGGAAUGGACUCGUGACCACUGAGGUGCUGAUGUGGUUUUACAUCGGAGAGUGCAUUGGCAAAGGGGGCAUUAUUGGAUACGAUGUCUAAAUAUUGUAUUUUUCUUUCUCUUCUUGCACUUCUAAUUGUCACAUUCUCAACAACCUGCACCAAAUUUUCCAAUAAACAGAUGUCUAUAGUGAGAGAAUUAUA